UCUCACAAGUUUUGAACCAUUCUCCCCCUCCUGUUCCGGGUGGGUGCUGAUGGGCUGCUAGACUAAUCUUCUCCACCUGGCUGGCUCCCAAGCAGCAACCAAGGAACAAGGCCCAAACAGGAUUAGACUGACAGCAGGUACUGGUUGUGGUGUUCUCCUGUGACAGUUGCCCUCAGGUGAGCAUCCUGUGGGCUUCCAGCCCCAGCAAGUUGCUUACUGGCUGUACAGGUCCUCAGAGGCAUGCCUCUCAGAGGAGCUGUGGCUGCUGUGGCUGUGGAGGUGGGAAUACUGGCCCUUAGGUUCUUCCCUGUACCAAGCUUUACCUUGUCUCAACUUCUCCUGCACAGAGUUAAAUGCAGCUCAGAAAAUGCUGUUGCCUGGCCUGGGCUUGCCGUGUCACGGGGUCUCUGCACACUGUCUCUGCCCGGUGAGGAGCAACUGGAGGUGCUGUGUGUGGUGUUUUGAUGCAGCUGAAGCUCCCUGUGGGGGUGAGCAGAAAUGGAACUGUUACAUUAAGGUGCUGCCAGGUGGGAUCUGAUACCCCAAGCAGGGACUUUUACUGAUGGUUGCUUUUCCCAGAGCAGUGUCUCUGUCUUGGUAUGAGUGUUCAACCCACAGUUUCAGGGCAAGUUUUCUGACUGCUGAAUCCUUAGUGACAAAACCUCUAUUUCAUGUCGAGGUGAUCUUCAUUUCUUUAAAGACACGUAUUUGUCAUUCAGUGACCUGAUGCCUGUUUUCUCUGGAUACUGAGUAUGGCAGCUCUUUGCAACAGUCUGUACAACAUCCAAACUUUCCACAUACCCAAAGUUGGUGUCUGUGGCUUCAGUUUCUGUCAGCUAGAAAACAGCAGUGACUGGGUCCUGCAGCAUCCCGCUGCUCCAGUUUCACCUGGACAGAUGAGAGAAAGUUUCUCUCCCUGCUCAAACCCAGCUAUGCCAUCCUCAUAGCCUUAGGAGAGCGGGAAGUUCAGUUUCCAUACUUUGUAGUGGUCUGAAUGCCACCUCGCAGCACACUGUUAGAUGCUUCCUUGGAAUCACUGUACGAUUAGACUUUUCUCCUGUCACUUCCAGAAGCAGUUGAAUUGCUGAAGGCCCGCAGUGGCUGAUAUUUUUAUCUAGCCUUCUAUAGACUUGAUUGACAAGAUCUAUACUGUCUUGAGGCAGAUGUCACAAUGGAUUCCACUUUCUCCCCUCUUCCUAAAUGGGCAUAUGGCUGCUGCUCUCCGUUCCUUUGGAGCGAUCUCAGACCGCAAGUGAGAGUGAGCUCAGUGGAAGUGCUGCCAGCACCUAGCGCUUUGUCUGGGAGAAGGAGUCUGAGACCUCAGCCAGUAAAGACCAGGUUUGAGCCAACUGCCUGGCCAGGAUGAGCUGGAGUUUCCUGACGCGGCUCCUGGAGGAGAUCAACAACCACUCGACCUUCGUGGGCAAGAUCUGGCUGACCGUCCUCAUUGUCUUCCGCAUCGUGCUGACGGCCGUGGGGGGCGAGUCCAUCUACUACGACGAGCAGAGCAAGUUUGUCUGCAACACGCAGCAGCCCGGCUGCGAGAACGUCUGCUACGACGCCUUUGCCCCGCUCUCCCAUGUCCGCUUCUGGAUCUUCCAGAUCAUUAUGGUGGCCACACCAUCGGUGCUCUACCUGGGCUUCGCCAUGCACCGCAUCGCCCGCAUGCCCGAGUCCUCACGGCGCCGGGCACCGGCAGCCCGGCGGGCACGCAUGCCGGUGGUGCGCCGAGGAGCCGGGCGGGACUACGAGGAGGCGGAGGACGAUAACGAAGAAGACCCCAUGAUCUUUGAGGAGAUCGAGGUGGAGAAGGAGAAGAGCCCAGAGGGCGGCGAGAAGCAUGACGGCCGGCGCCGCAUCAAGCAGGACGGGCUGAUGCGCGCCUACGUCCUGCACUUGCUGUGCCGCUCGCUGCUGGAGACGGCUUUCCUCUUUGGGCAGUACCUGCUGUACCGCUUCGAGGUGAGCCCCUCCUACGUCUGUAGCCGCAGCCCCUGCCCGCACACCGUCGACUGCUUUGUCUCCCGCCCCACGGAGAAGACGAUCUUCCUCCUCGUCAUGUACGCCGUCAGCGGGCUCUGCCUCUUCCUCAACCUCUGCGAGCUCGUGCACCUCGGCGUGGGGCGCAUCCGGGACGCCCUGAGCCAGCCCGACAGCCCUCCGCUCCCCGCCGGCGGCAGCCCCACGCCGCAGUACCCCAAGAAAGCCCCCGGCGCACCCCCCACCUACCACUCGCUGAAGAAGGAGCCGCCGCGAGCCCCGCUGCCUGACGGCAAGCUGGACUACCGGGAGAGCCUGGCCCAGGCGGCGGGGCGCUUCGCCCUGGCCGGGGCUCCCCCGGCGCACGAGCUGGACCGGCUGCGUGAGCACCUGCGUCUGGCCCAGGAGCACCUGGAGGUGGCCUUCCACCUCCAGCCCCCCCCGCGGCCCCCCAGCCCUGCCCGCAGCAGCAGCCCCGAGGCCAACGGCAUCGCCGCCGAGCAGAACCGCCUCAACCUCGCCCACGAGAAGGGGACCGCCGCCUGCGACAGGACCACGGGGCUGUGAGCGCCAGCAGGGACGACGGCGGUGUCUGCCGGAGCGGCUGCCGCCGCCACCGCGGGACGAGCAGCCUGCCAGGAGCGCGGGGUGGAGGGUGCCGCAUGCCUGCCCGGCGGGGCUGGCCGGGCAGCCCUGUCCCGGUGGGCAGCGGCAGGGUCGGGGGCCUUGGGGGACAUUCCUACUUCAUUUUCAAAAAGGGAAUAUCUUAUUUUUGUACGUUUUUAUAAACUCGUCAGCGUGUGCACCCUGGCAUUUUUAUAUUCCGCUCCCAAUCUCUGCUCUGAGCCUGCACCCCCCCCACCGUCUCCCGUUUCACCCCCUUGUCCUCCUCCCGCACCCGUUUCCUGCAGCAUCUUCUCCUCACACCUACCCGUGCCCUCCCGUGCCCGCUGCCACCCGCCGCUGCACCAGCCGGUGCUGUGCACGUGCGGGCCACGCUGGCGAUGCCGGUAUUGCCCCCGUGGCGUGGGGGUUUAGGGGUGCCGAGCAUGGGGGUCCGGCUGGCUGGGCCGAACCGUGGGGCAGGGCGCUGGACUGGCACCGCACUUGAAGCGGAGGGGACGGAAGGGGUCCUGGCGGCACUGCUGCCGGAAAGUGCCGGUGUGGCCGGGGGGGCCAUGCUGCGUGGCGUCCUGGCACGGAAUUGUGAGCUGCGGGGCUGGUCUGCUCAGAAAUGUCUGUGCAGAGGGCAGGGGCUGUCCUUCCCGCCACCUCCGCCCCGUUCCCGGCCGGCCGUCCUUGGACCAAAGCCCAUCCCCUCCCACUCAGGCCGUGGGGCUGGGACCCCCUGCGCGGGGCCGGACUCUGGUCCCAUGGUGGGGGGACGCAGUGCCCUGAGUCGGGCUCGGCCGGGAACCAGUGGGGCAUUUCUCAUCAUCUCAGCCUGGGUCACACGUGGAUUUUUGUAGCGUUGUUUUUUACUCAGAAAUGAUUGUCACUGUUUUUUCUUCCUUCUUUUUUUUUAUAUCUAUAUUAGUAAAGGCUGGAGACGUUUUGUACUGAA